AUGCACUCUAUCAAAUAAUCCCUAAAAACCAUACAAUAUAACACAAUAUCAUAUAAUAUCAUACAUUAUGAAAUCGUUCGAAACAAACAUCCAAACAGAAGUGUCGGGUAGGAGCAACAUAGUUCACUCAGACCUCAUUCUACAAAAAGUUGUACUCUUUCUAUGUUCACUUUUCACAUUUUAGUUGUAUUCAUAAAAAUUCUAUUUCCGCCACUGAAGAUCCAGACUAUUAUUGAUAUGUUUCAAAAUUUUUAUUUUUUUCAUUUCAUAAUAAUUCAAUUAUUGAAAUAUUUUUUAGUGUUCAAAAUAAUUAGUUUGUUACUUUUCAAGAUAGAUAUUAAAUUUUUUUUUUAAUUUUAUUUCUCAUUAAUUAAAUUUUCAAGUUUGAGUUUCAAGAAAAGUUAGUAUGAUUAUUAUUAAGUUUUUAGAGUUUAAAAAGGAUAAAAAUAAAAAAAUAUAAUUAAUUUAUAUAUAUUUUUAUUUUUAAUAUGUGUGUCAAAUUUUAAUAAUUCAAUUAUCGUGGAAUCGGGCAGUAAUAAUCUACAUAAGCACUGACGUUUGUUUGUUUUGUUUCCUCUAUAUGUAUCUAUACUCACUAUUACUACUACAUUACAAGAUUCUCCCAUCUUUCUCUUCAUUCUCCAGUCGCCGGAAUCAAUGGCUUCUCUGGUAGACGACAUUUACGAGCCAUUUCUAUCGCCUCAAUUAUCCGAAACUCACAAUAUCGAAUCGAGCAACGAGCUUGAAAGUGUUCUUGUAAAUCCUGAAAUAACUCUAUGGAAUAAACUCCGGUUAGCUACAUGGAUCGAAAUGAAGCUCCUCUUCUACCUCGCUGCUCCGGCAGUUAUGGUUUACAUGAUUAAUUAUUUCAUGUCUAUGUCGACUCAGAUAUUCUCCGGUCAUCUGGGUAACCUUGAGCUUGCUGCUGCAUCACUUGGAAAUACAGGGAUUCAAGUUUUUGCUUAUGGGCUUAUGUUGGGCAUGGGAAGUGCAGUAGAAACACUAUGUGGGCAAGCAUUUGGAGCAAAGAAAUACGACAUGUUAGGAGUUUAUCUUCAAAGAUCAGCAGUCCUGUUAACUUUAACAGGAAUUUUACUUACGGUUGCAUACAUUUUUUGCAAACCAAUUCUACUCUUUUUAGGCCAAACUGAGCGAAUCGCAGCAGCAGCAUCAGUAUUUGUGUACGGUUUGAUCCCUCAGAUAUUUGCGUACGCUAUCAAUUUCCCAAUCCAGAAGUUCCUUCAAGCGCAGAGCAUUGUAGCACCUAGCGCGUACAUUUCCGCAGCUACAUUAGUGUUGCAUUUGGUACUUAGCUGGGUGGCGGUAUAUAAGAUCGGACUAGGGCUACUAGGUGCAUCGCUCGUGUUGAGUAUGUCAUGGUGGAUAAUUGUUAUAGGACAAUUUGUGUACAUUGUGAAAACUGAAAAGUGUAAACAGACAUGGAAAGGGUUUAGUUUACGGGCAUUUUCUGGCCUACCGGAGUUCUUCAAGUUAUCGGCAGCCUCAGCAGUGAUGUUGUGCUUGGAGACAUGGUAUUUUCAGAUUGUGGUUUUGCUUGCUGGUUUGCUUGAAAAUCCUGAGUUGGCUUUGGAUGCCCUUUCUAUUUGCAUGACAAUCUCUGGUUGGGUCUUCAUGAUAUCAGUUGGAUUCAAUGCAGCAGCAAGUGUGAGAGUGAGCAAUGAACUAGGAGCAAGACAUCCAAAAUCAGCAGCUUUUUCUGUUGUCGUGGUUACAUCGUGGUCUUUCAUUCUCUCAGUCAUUGCUGCAGUCAUCAUUCUUGCAUUGCGUCAUCUCAUCAGUUAUGCCUUCACUGAAGGUGAAGUUGUGGCUGAAGCUGUCUCGGAUCUUUGUCCAUUGCUUGCGUUUUCCCUCAUACUCAAUGGAAUUCAGCCUGUCUUGUCAGGUGUGGCCGUUGGCUGUGGAUGGCAAACCUUCGUGGCCUAUGUCAAUGUAGGCUGCUAUUACGUUGUCGGAGUUCCAUUGGGUGCUCUUCUCGGCUUUUACUUCAAACUUGGCGCUAAGGGUAUAUGGUCGGGAAUGCUCGGAGGGACUGUGAUGCAAACAAUCAUUUUAAUAUGGAUCACUGCUCGAACUGAUUGGAAUAAAGAGGUGGAAUCAGCUCAGAGUAGGUUGAAAAAGUGGGAUGAUAAGAAAGAAUCAAUUCUAGAGGAAUAGAUAAAUUUUGGAUGGACAAAAAGGAGGUUCAUGCCAAGAGGUUUCUCUAUGUUCUCUCACAAAUGAGGUUUCAACAAAGCAAAUAAUGCAGGACUAAUACCAUUUUUGAAAUGAAGAUGACCAAGAAUCAAGAUUAAUCAUGCAGGUGAUGUAGAAAAUGUUGUCAAGGUCCAAAAAGUAUUUAGAUUAUUAUUAUUGUUAUUAUUUUUUGGGUUUUGAGGAGGGGGUGUUGUGGAAGAAAUGAUGGUUUCUUUGGACUUAGGAAGAUAGUAUGUAUGUUGAAUAUUUGUACUACUGGAUGGGCCAAGAGAGACCCAAAACUAAAUUAGAUGGAAGAAAUAAUGGGAGGACCUCAAGCUAUUGUUGGGUAACGCCAAUAUUCUGUCUAUCGCAACACCCAAUUGAUGAGUAGAGGAUGGCCCGUGUUGAAGUCAUGAUCUAUCAUGGUACUCGUUUGAUAGGUUUGAUUACGAAAUAUAGUCGUGCUCUUGUUAUCAAUUAUAUAUUUGGGAAUGAUGAUUGACGAUUGCUCC